AAGCUAGUAAUGAUGGAAGAAAGGAUCCCUUUCUCCAACAGUUGUUCUCUCCGGCAAUAAAAUAUAGAGAGGAAAAGUUGGAAACCCCGCGUUGCUUUUCAUACUGUGCCUGUGGUGGAGUAAUGCGUGUGAUUUUUGUCGGAAAAACACUUGAAAACCCUUUUCCCACGCUCUCUCUCUUGCCUUGCAGCUCCGGCAGCUCAGUUCUCCGAUCGGAGUACAUGCCAAUUUUCUCUGUUAGAUAGCUGUUAAUGCUAAGUUAACAGAUCGAUACAGAUCUGGAGCAGGACAUGCCAGUCAAGUUAUUGCUGCAGUAUUUUCUUGUGGCCCAGAGGUAACUUGCUGAAUCUCCUUUUCGCUAAAAGUAGAUAUGCAACACAGUGGUGCCAAAGAUACUCAACUUCGUGAAAGCAGCAACCAGAAGGUUCAUCCCCAACCAAUGGAAGAGGCCCCAAAUCAGAACCCUGAAGCUAUGGAAGCACUAGUAUCUAGGAUAUUUACAAAUAUUUCCUCCCUGAAGUCGGCUUACAUUCAACUUCAGGCGGCUCACACUCCUUAUGACCCUGAUAAAAUUCAAGCUGCUGAUAAGCUUGUGAUAUCAGAGCUAAAGAAUCUAUCUGAACUCAAACAUUUCUAUAGAGAGCACAACCCUAAACCUGUUUGCGUCUCUCCACAAGACUCUCGAUUAGCCGCUGAGAUUCAAGAACAGCAGAGCCUGUUGAAGACAUACGAGGUCAUGGUAAAAAAGUUUCAGUCUGAAAUUCAGAAUAAAGAUUCUGAGAUUGUUCAAUUAGAGCAGCAGAUCCAAGAGGCAAACCAGAAGCGGGUAAAACUCGAGAAGAACCUGAAGCUUAGGGGCUUGUCAAUGAAAGAAUCAGAAGGGGGUGUUGGUGAAAAUGGGUUGUUCUCUUUGGAUUUAUCCCCUGAUCUAUUUAAGUCAGCUGUAGAAACUGCUUACAGGGCUAUUCAUGAUUUUUCCAAGCCAUUAAUCAACAUGAUGAAAGCAGCGGGGUGGGAUCUUGAUGCAGCAGCAAACUCCAUAGAGCCAAACAUCACUUAUGCAAAGAGGGCUCACAAGAAAUAUGCGUUUGAAUCUCACAUUUGCCAGAGAAUGUUCAUCGGGUUUCAGGACGAAAGCUUCUCCAUGAAAUUAGACAACCCAGUGGAAACUAAAGAAAGUUUUUUCCAGCAGUAUCUUGCCUUGAGGGAAAUGGAUCCGCUGGAUGCUGUCGGCCAGAGUCCUGAUUCAAUGUUUGGGAAAUUCUGUCAGAGCAAAUACCUCGUUGUUGUUCACCAAAAAAUGGAAGCAUCGUUCUUCGGGAACUUAGAUCAACGGAACUAUGUAACGGGAGGUGGGCAUCCACGGACAGCUUUUUACCAGGCUUUUCUGAAAUUGGCCAAGUCAAUCUGGCUUUUGCACAGGUUAGCACAUUCAUUCGAUCCUUCAGUUAAGAUUUUUCAGGUCAAGCGGGAUACCGAGUUUUCAGAAGUAUAUAUGGAAAGUGUUGUGAAAAAUUUUAUUAUAGAAGAUGGCGAUCAAAAGCCUAGAGUCGGUCUAAUGGUUAUGCCGGGAUUUUGGAUUGGUGGUAGCGUGAUCCAGUCCCAAGUCUACCUCACUGGUGUUAAGGUUGCAGAAUAACAAACCCCUUCUUGUUCUCUUUUUUAGCUGCAAAUCUUCCUUUUGUAUGUAAUUUCCAUGUGUGUAUCAAGAUUACACUUCUUAAACUGAAUUCUCUGUGCUUCGGUCUUUUUUCUGGUAUGAAACUAGCUCUACACCUCCUUAGCAUUUUCUUCUAUAUUUUGUAGUACAAGUGUUGAAUCGAGUUAAGAAUCA